AAAGCAGAUCUUGCAGAACUACAACUCCCAGGGUGCCUAUUAACAUUGAGCCAGGUCGCCUGGAUUCUGCUGGGGGCGCCAUUUUCCUCCUGAGCCGAGCUGAGGAGGCCUCUUGGCCACAGAGGAAGCCCGAAAUGGCGUCCUCCCGCCUGCCCCCGUCGGCGCUGACCCUCAAGCAGUUCCUGAGGAGGCAGCAGGUCCUUCAACUGUACAGAAAAAUCCUGCAGGCAAUUCAACAGGUCCCGAAUGAAGCCGACCGCCAAUACCUGAGGGACUGGGCCAGGGAUGAAUUCAAAAGGAAUAAAGGUGCGACAGAGGAGGACACUAUUAGGAUGAUGAUCACUCAGGGCAACCUGCAGCUUCAAGAGCUUGAGCGAACACUAAAGCUGUCAAAAUCCUAGCCUUAACUCUGCUGAUGGAUCACAAGUAUCUUGUCAGACUACUUUCCUCAGAAGACAUUGCUCUGGAGAGAUCUUGUGAAGAAUCGCAGGGCGAUUUCUGUGGAGAGUUAAGCAGGGAGGAUAAUACUGUAUUAAAGGGGAAAGCUGGGCUCCUGUGAGCCAUGAGGUGCUGUCAUGACAUAGAGUCAUGGGAUAGGUCUACAUUUGAACUUGAAAGAUCAGAAAAGCAACAAAGGAGUUUGCCAUUCAAACAUGAAAUGCUCCUGUGAAUGCAGGAUGCAACCAAGCACUCAAAUUGUUAUUCUUUUUUGUGUCAAAUUAAAGAAAUGUUUAUUUUCUA